AUGACUAGCGUAACGGUAACUUCGCUAGCUCAAUCUAUUUAUUCCGGAUCCUCCGAGACGUUGAAUGAGGUUGAUGAUGAAAUUGUUGUGGAAGGUAAUGGUGUAAUUCUUGAGAGUGAUAGUGAUAGUACGGUUAUUGGUAAGAAUUAUUCCGUUGAUGAACUGUACUUAGAGGAACCUUUAAGUGAUUACUGUCUUGGGGGCUAUCAUAGAGGUUACGUCGGAGAGGCUUUGGGCCCUGAUGAUCGGUACGUCCUACUGAGGAAACUCGGUUGGGGUGGUUACUGCACUGUAUGGUUGGCACAUGAUAAGCGCCACAACAGGCAUGUGGCAAUUAAAAUUCACAAAUCAAGUUCUGAGUAUUCUUAUGCUGCUCGUAAGGAACUGCAAAUUUUAAGAAAGAUUCAAAGUGUUGCCAGAAGUAGUUCACAUCCAGGGUCCCCUCACAUAGUUGAGCUAUUAGAUGCGUUUGCUCAUUUGGGACCUCAUGGUUUGCACGUUUGCCUCGUUUUUGAACCAUUAAAUGAGUCUCUGUUGUCGUUGCUGGGACAGUGUCAUCAGGGAGCUACAUGCAAUUUGAAAGAAGUCGGUACUAGUUGUGUUAAGGAUGGUUUACCUCUAGAAUUGGUUAAGGAGGUCACGAGACAGGUGCUCUUGGCUUUAGAUUUCUUACACAAGGAAUGUGGAAUUGUUCAUUCCGAUAUCAAGCCUGAAAAUGUGAUGUUGGAGUUUCCUGAAUUACCCAAUAAAUGGGAUGUGGUUAAAUUUUUGCACGAGUAUUCAUUGCAAGAACAGAAGCGUAAUGGGGAUGAUUUUAUAAAAUUUACUGUAUCGAAACCAUUACCUUCACCACUUUUUCAUACCUUCACAGAAGAUUUAGAUGGUUUUUCAAAGCCCGAUUUUGCACAAGCUUGUGGAAAACAUUGGAAGGAUUUCUUUAAAGUUAAAUUAGUCGAUUUUGGUAAUGCAUGCCCCCUAACGAACAAAACACAAGGCUACAAUGUGCAGACUUUUGAGUACAGAGCACCCGAAAUCUUCUUGCAAUACCCUGAAUGGGGGUACGCAGCUGAUGUUUGGUCAACAGCAUGUCUUUUUUCAGAAAUGUGCACUGCGCGUUAUCUUUUUAGAACUGAAAAUAAUUGGCCACAAGCUUCAUCACAGCUGGAACUGUUUUCUACUACUCUGGGUCCUGCAUCGGGUGCAUUUCUUGACAAGUGCAUUUUGUUUAAGAAUUAUGAACAUUGUGUGAAGAAUCGUCAGUUCAGGUCAAUAUCUGAGAAUUUCAAAGAAGAAUUGGGUAUGGAACGUUUGCUAGCUCAACGAAUCGAACAAUUUUUGAUGCCAAUGUUACAAUGGGAUCCAGCUGAAAGAGCAGAUGCUAUGACUUGCGCUAAUCAUCCAUUUUUACGCAAUGAAAAUUUGAUUAGUAUUGGUAAACUGAAGGGCGCAAUAACGAAACCGUUGUUAACGAAAACUCCAUUGACUAAGUCUUUCAAAAAAUUUUUGAGGGCAGGUUCCAUUUUAAAUUGA